AGCAGAACGGAUCUUGUAAAGACAACUGUUUAAAGAAACUUGAACGUACUACUUUUUUUUGCCUUUUCAUUCCAUUUCAAGUAAACAAUUUUUUCAAACCUAUUAUUCAACAACUUUAUUGAGUAAAAGUCUUCUUUGGUUAUCAUGGAUUUAUCGUAUAUCUCAAUCUUGAAAGAGGAAACAGGGGGUUUCGAUUUUAGUAAUUUGAAAAGAAAUCAUAUGUUAUUUCAAAAUAAGACAUUAGGAGACAAACAAAAUUAUCCUUUAGUUUUGAAAACAGGAACAACUAUUUGUGGGCUUAUUACAAAAGACGCUGUUGUUUUGGGCGCAGAUACAAGGGCUACUGAAGGUCCCAUCGUUGCGGAUAAAAAAUGUCAAAAACUUCAUCGCUUAGCUGAUAAUAUAUGGACAGCAGGUGCCGGAACUGCUGCAGAUUUGGAUCAUGUCACGUUUAAUAUUGAAUCUCAAAUUGAAUUAAUGCGAUUGUCAAUGGGGAAAACUCCACGUGUUGCUUCAGCGGUGUCUCGUUUCUCUCAAUUACUAUUCAAAUAUCAAGGCCAUAUUUGCUGUGCCCUUGUAUUAGGUGGUGUUGAUUGUAAGGGACCACAGCUUUACAAAAUUCAUCCUCAUGGAUCGACAGAUCGUUUACCUUUUUGUGCAAUGGGCUCUGGCUCACUCAACGCAUUGACAGUAUUAGAAUCAAUGUAUCGGGAUAAUAUGACUGUUGAAGACGGUCAACGUUUAGUAGCACAAGCCAUACGCUCGGGUAUUUAUAAUGAUCUGGGGUCUGGUGGUAACGUUGAUAUUGUGACCCUUACAGCAAAUCAACCAGCCCAGUAUAUACGUGGUUUUGAUGCUUGUCAUGAUACCAAACCCCAGCUUUUUCGACAUCCAACAACUCCAUUAUUUCAAAAAGGAACCACUCCUAUUUUAAACUCUGAAAUUCAAGAAUUGUUUAAAUCAUCUAUUAUUGUUGAAGAUGUUGAUAUGACUUCUGUUGAAAUUAUGUCCUAGUUCUUUUGAUAACACGACAAGAAAACCAAUUUUCUUCACACAUAACUUUCUUUUCUUCUCAUGAUAUUGUUAUUUUAGAAUAAUAGUUAAUAUUAGAAAUAAAACCUGCGUACCAAUUGAACACAAGUUUUGAAACUAUGCUACAAA